GCGGUCCAGAGAACGACCAUUAAAAAACCUCAUCCAAAACCUGAUUAAAGCGGGAGACCUCUCUCUCGAUCUCUCUUCAACCAUGGCUUCCGCUUCGGUUUCAUCACUAUCCUCCAUUUUCUCUUCUUCAAAACCUAUUUCUUCUAACAAACCUACACUCCUAGACUCUCCAUCAUUCCAUCAAUCUCCUGCCAGAAGACAAUUCCUCAAAGGAUUGUCUCUGUUAGUACCAUUCACCACCAUAAUCCCGUUACAUUCACCUUCACCUUCUCAGGCCAAAACCAAAGAGAUAGAGGUUGGCACCUAUCUACCCCAGUCGACUUCUGAUCCUAAUUUCGUUCUCUUUCAAGCCUCUUCUAAAGACACUCCAGCUCUUCGUGCAGGAAAUGUGCAGCCAUACCAGUUUGUCCUUCCACCAACUUGGAAACAAUUGCGAAUUGCUAACAUACUUUCUGGAAACUACUGUCAACCCAAAUGCGCAGAGCCGUGGAUAGAGGUGAAAUUUGAAAAUGAAAAACAGGGUAAAGUUCAAGUAGUGGCUUCACCUUUGGUGCGUUUGACCAACAAACCAAAUGCAACAAUUGAAGAUAUUGGGAGCCCUGAAAGAGUUAUUGCCUCUCUUGGCCAGUUUGUUACUGGAAAUAGUUAUGACUCAGAUGAACUGCUUGAAACUUCUAUUGAGAAGAUCGGAGAUCAAACGUACUAUAGGUAUGUGUUGGAGACUCCAUUUGCAUUGACUGGUUCACACAACAUUGCAAAGGCUACAGCAAAGGGAAACACUGUGAUCUUAUUUGUGGCUAGUGCUAGUGAUAAACAGUGGCCGACUUCUCAAAAGACUUUGAAAGCUAUAGUAGAUUCCUUCCAUGUCUAAUCCUUUUUCUACAUGUAAUUAUAUCCUAAUAUCAAUCUAGUCUUCCUCGAUUCUUUUGUUUACAUGGUAUAACCAUACACUUUUUUGUAUAAAAAACAUUUUGUGUGCUUAAAUAAUAGAGCCAAAUAAUGGCAGCAAGUUGUGUUGCCUGAAUUCGUUUUGUGAA